CCGAAAGAGUGGGUGGGGGGAAAACGUGGGGAGAGGACAGGGUAAGAAGAAAAAGAAGAAAACACAACAUUAAGAACGGAUUUCUCUUCCAGCUCUUAGUGUCCUCUGUCUUCUGUUGGGACUAACAGCUGAUGACUGAGGUAACCAAAAUGGCCGAUAGCAACACUUCUCUCUACCAAAACAACUCCAGUUCGCCAGAUGAGAGCAUCGUACAAGACAAAACUGCCACCACUGUGGGCGCCCUCAUCCUGACUCUCGUCUUUCUCUUGGGCUUCCCUGGAAACCUCUUCAUUAUCUGGAGCAUCCUGGCAAAGGCCCGAAAACAUUCUGUCACCACCCUCCUCAUCCUCAACCUAGCCUUUGCCGAUGGCUCUCUGAUGGCUCUCACACCGUUCUUCAUUGUCUACCUAGUUUUGAAGAACUGGGUGUUUGGGGAGGUGAUGUGUAAGGUGCUCUUCUACCUGUGUCUGGCCAACAUGUACGCCUCCAUCCAGCUCAUCAUGCUCAUGAGCAUCUACAGGCUGGUGGCGGUGUUGUGGCCGCGUCGUGUCAGUAUUGUCACCAGCCGUAAGAUUGUAUUGCGGCUGCUGGCGGUGGUGUGGGUGUUUGUGAUGAUCGCCUCCAUUCCUGCAAUGAUCUUCAGGACAGUGACACAUCGGGAACGUGUUUCUGUGUGUGAACCGCUCCAUAUAAUUGACAGUCAUGUGGUCCUCCAGUACAUGAUGGAGCUGGUGUUGGGGUUUGUGAUUCCCUACGGGGUCAUUGUAGUCAGCUACAUCUGCAUCUUACGGCGAAUCCGAAAGACCAAGUUCCGCCGUCGCGUUCGUAGUGAGAAGCUCAUCCUGGCCAUCGUCUUGACCUUCUGCCUCUUUUGGUUGCCCUACCAUAUCAUCAACGUGGUGCAAGUUACAUGGGCUUUGUGUCCAGAUAGUCGGGCAAAAGAAGUGCUGAAUAUAAUAUGGCACAAGAGCCGAGCUGUUACCUCUUCCAUAGCCUUCAUCAGCAGCUGUGCCAACCCAGUGCUCUACACCUUCGCAGGAAAGUCCUACAUCCGACGAGAAGGACUGGCGUUCAUGGCCCGCUUGUUCGAGGGCACGGGGCUGGACUCGGCCACCAGGAAGAGCCGACAGAACAGCCAGAACAGUCGCGACAAAGACAAAGACGCAGAUGCCGUCAUGCUAAAGGACAAAGAUCCGGACUCCAACACCCACUCGAACUGUAACACCAAACCAGUGAAGAAUGGGAAAUAGAGGACACAAGCUUCAGCAGGCUUGAAGCGGGUGUUGUUCCUCUGUAGGGGAAACCACUCAGGCCUUUAAAGCUUCAUCAGGGUUCAUCGUACACAGCUGAUUUGCGCCAAUCAAGAAAGACUCAGCAGCAGUCCAGUUGGUGCAUAACGUGAAUCCCUCUUCUGAGUGAGACUGUUACAAAGAUUGAAAGGGAUUUCACUGGGCAUACUGAUCCUGGAACAGCUUGCAGCCUGGUGCAUUCUUAAGUGUCAUUGUUGUGCUGAGCUAUUUCAUAAGGAAAGAAGAACUGUGGAGCAUUAUCCAGGACCCAGGUGUUGCCUUGGUUUUACUGUACAUUUUUACUGUAAUGUCAAAAUGAUUUUUUUUUUAUUAUUAUUAUUUUCUUGUUUAUUUUUUGUCAAAAUGCCUGGGGGGAGCAUCAAAAUGUCAAAAUGAACUGAAACAGUGCAUGGUGAGCACAGAUUGAAGCACUUGACUUUGUUUUUUUUAUAAUAUUCGCACCAAUGUCUUUGCUUUGCGUGCUUCGCUCUAACAGUUUUUCAAAUGUUUUAAAGCUUAACUGAUAGAUUUUUUGGCCACUUGGGGGUGGUGGAACAAAGUAGCAACCUCCAGGCUUGAAAUAUGAGGCCAAUGUGGAAGCAGUGAUGGCCAAAUGAGGCCUCAUGAAGCACUGUCUUUAUUUUUUGAAGCCACCAGAUGGCACUGUCUGUUUAACAAAGGCUUGAAAGCACACUUCAUUGCAAGUCUUUCAGUCUUUAUAUUUAAACCAAGAGCGCCAUCUGGUGGGGUCAGAAAAUAAAAGAAAGUGGUCCAUGGGACUUCAUUUGGCCAUCACUAUGUGGAAGUGCCAGAAACUGCAGUUCCUCUAAUGGCCACUUGGGCUGGCUCCAGAGGUGAGUCAAUCCCCAUUGACCCUCAUGUUACAAUACCCAACUUAACAGCAGAAAUAAACAUGUUUACAGCCUGGUACAAAAAAUGGUUUUGGUCUCCAUUUACCCAUUCCUGACACCUGCAUGAUGGGAGGUUACUUAAGACAUAUUUCACCCGUUUACAUUUUAUUAAGGCUUAAAAUUAUGCGUAAUAAAGGGUGUGGCCUCUGAGUGACAGGUUCUCUGUGCAGCUUUGCUACGGUCUAUGAGUCAGAUCCACUCCUCGCUCCUCAACAGCUCCACCCUCUCGUGAAAAUAUGGUCACUUCUGGUUGCAGAAAACCAAAAUGGCCAUGGUCGAACACAUUCUCACUCGGACCUCGUCACAUAUCAACAUUCGGUUAUGAACUUUGCACGUCCAGAUACGACGUGAACGGUAUCCUGGGUGCGUUGGUUGUUGACGUUCUGGGACGCCGUGUCAAGUUCUGCCUGUUACGUGCAUUGUCUGUGCUGAUUGUCUUAGUAAGCAGUUGUCAACUCACAUGUCCAGAGGACACAGAGCAUUAUUAGCAAUCAUUUGGAGUCUUGGUUCUCCGUUUAGCUCUGUUCUUUGGUCUCAGACAACUUUCGAGGGAAAUAUUUGGCUUUUCAGUUGCUAAAUGCUUCGCUUUAUUUUAAUAGCUAGUUGCUAGCUAGAUCUCUCUGCAGUUUGGUGAUGGGCCGGUUGUGUACAGUAUGUUUAUCAGAGCUUUAUGGGCUAAAAACAGCUGCCUUGUGUGGCUGAGAACAGCGAGAGUGAAUCAAAACAGUGAAGU